AUGGAAAACCAGUUGUUUCCUGAAAUGGUGCUUUACACUGUUUGUUCAGCCCUGGAACUCUUCGCAGGAAUAAUUGUUAAUGGAUGCAUUGCUGUUGUCCUUGGCAUUGAAUGGGUUAGAAGCAGAAAAUUGAGUUCAUGCGACACGAUCAUUCUCAGUCUGGCUUUAUCCCGAUUUUGCCUACAGUUUGCCAUAACAUUGGACAGUUUUGUCAUCCAGUUGGAUGCUGAAAUCUUUGGACAUUGCGUAACAUUGGGAAUCAUUGCAGCUUUUUGGAUGUUUUCAAACCAUGCAAGUCUCUGUUUUCAAGCCUGCCUUUCUGUUUUCUACUUUGUAAAGAUUGCUGACUUCACUCAAUCACUCUUUGUACGGCUCAAACUAGGAAUCUCCAAGCUGGUUCCAUGGCUCCUUUUUAGUUCCUUUUUAUACUCUUUGGUUACUGCAGUCCCUUUAAUAAUGCUUUCAUAUAUAUUUUCUCGUAACCUUACCAACAAUACUUCAAAUAAUAGGGCUGUGGCACUCUGUAAAAAAAAGAUGUCGACCAUACUAUAUUUGUUCUACACCACUGCAUCUAUUGUUCCUCUCAUGCUAUUUAUGGCAUCGUCAUCGCUGCUAAUAAUCUCUCUAUGGAGACACACCAGAAGAAUGAAACAGAGCUCCAAUCAGUUCAGUAAACCCAGUUGUCAGGCCCAUAAGGCUGCAGUUAAAAAUGUGGUACUAUUUCUGGUCAUCUACAUGAUUUAUUUUGUACUUACAGCCAACUUGCUAUUUUCUCCAUCUCUUUCAGACAUGACAUGGACAAUAUCACUCCGUGCCAUUGUGACUGCUACAUAUCCUUUCAUCCAUUCUAUUGCCUUGAUUUUAAGUAACACCAAACUUAAGCAGAUUUUAGGAAAAAUGCUUCAUUCUGGUACUGUUAGCUUUGUAAGAGGCAUUUAA